AUGUGGACAAUUAGGCAUUGGAAUCAUUUUGCAAAUCAGUUGCAAAAUCUAUAUGGAUUUCGGUAUACAUCAAAGCAGGUGCGACAAAAAUAUCAGCAAUUGAACACUGAUUACCAAACGUUUAAGCGACUACAAGCACAGACUGGCUACAAAAAUGUAAAGAAGUUUAGGACAAAAGGAUUUGAGUAUUUUCAAGAAAUGGCAGAUAUUGUUGAAAAUUGUUGGGCCACAGGGGCCUUGUCUCGUAUAUCCACACAAGGAGCCCUUGACUCAGAUGAAGAAGACGAAAUUCUUAACAAAUUUUGGAGCCCUGAAGCUGGGGGGAGUAAUGCUGCUGAAACCAUUCUUGUUGACUUAUUCGGCGAUGAAUACAUGGAUCCAGCGAAGGGCAAAAGUCACAAGAGGGGCCCUACAAGCAACCAAAGUAACAAUGGUCGUUUUAAAAAGUCACGGUCAAGUGGGUUCAAUGAUGUGUGUGCAGCUUUCACUACCUACAUACAAGCAAAAAUAGAACAUUCACAUGCACGAUCAACUGACACAGAGGCUGUAAGUGCAAGUGGUGAUGAGUAUUCCCUUGAUGCAUGUCAAGAUGCAUUGCUAGAGCUUGGGGACAUACCACCAAUCCAAUACAUUAGGGCACUGACACUAUUUAAAGACAAGGAAUGGCGAAGACGAAACAAUAUGUCAUCCGACAUAGAAAACAAUACAAUGGAGAUCUCAUCAAAGGAAGAUGAGGUUAUUGAAGAUUUUAUGGAUUUUUUUAUGAUUGCUUUUAUGCAUGACCAUAUGAAUGUGUCAAGUAGCCCUCACGACAACGCUAUUUUAGUUGACUCUAUUACAAGAGCUGAUCUACAGUUCCCACACCCACCCCAUGGCAAAUAUUAUUUAGUAGAUGCUGGUUUCACGAACAUGCCUGGAUUUCUUGCCCUAUUUCAUUCCCAACGCUAUCACUUGGAAGAGUUUCAUGAUCGUCAUUAUUCUGGACCCAAGGAAUUGUUUAACCGUCGACAUUCAUCGUUACGCAAUGUCACAGAAAGAACAUUUGGUGUUUUGAAGAAGCGAUUCCCAAUAUUGCUGUCCAUGCCAAAUUACAAGUCUACAAAACAAGGCCCUCUCGUGAUUGCAUGUUGUAUACUGCACAAUUGGAUCCGUUUGCAUGCAGAUAUGGACCCAUUCUUCAUGGAAGCUGAUAAUGAAAUGGCAGCAGAAGCAGAAGCAGAAGCAGACGGGUUUGUUGGAGAGCAAGCUGACUAUGUUGACAUGUCACAACAUGGGUUGACGUACCAAUUGAACCUUAGAGAUGCAAUUGCUACUGUUAUGUGGCAAAAUCAUGUUGGCCAUGGCUAA